AUGGCCGAACAUGUUGAUGCUAAUCGGCUUAACAGCGAUCUUCGUUGUCGUUUCGAAUAUUUAUCGAAAUUUUUAAAUUUUACAUCGGACGAUAUUGCGAUGCUCAAUACAUUUGCACCUAUUGUUUUUCCUAUUAUACCUGUCAUUGCUGAUUCAAUUUAUAGAAAACUAUUCUCCUUCGAUAUAACGAAACAUUAUUUUGUUGUACGUAAUGAAGAUUUUGAAGGAUCUUCACCAAAAACUAAUUGUGGUCUUACAUUAGAAUCACCUCAAAUGGAACUAAGAAAAGAUAUGUUAAGUAUGUAUUUAAAACGUGUGUUAACACAACGUGAUUGGAAUGACACAUUUCUUCAAUUUUUAUCUCAUAUUGGAAAAAUACAUACAAAUCUAGCGGGUUCAGCGUCGAUCAAUGUUGAUUAUACUCAUAUUAAUGCAUUACUUGGCUAUUUAGAACAUUUACUAAUCGACGUUUUAUGUAAUGCAGACAAGGUCGAUGAGAAAAGUAAACGUGGAAUGUUAAUGGCAAUAAAUAAACUUUUUUGGAUACAGAAUGAUUUUUUUACAAUGCAUUAUCUUAUUUCAGUUAAUGAUAAAUCAAAAUCUGUUAAAACACCACCAUCGACAAAAAAACCAAAAUGUUGUUGGAUAUAA